AUGGACGCAGAAAAGGAGCAGCUUCUCCAGCAAGACGACUCGGGCAAGUGGGACAAGGGCCAUGGCGCCGGCCCCGGAAUCGGUGGUCGUCGUGGACUCCCGCCAAGGCAACGAUUGGAAGGCUGGCGCGGGAUUUACCAGGAGCACGAGGAGAUUGUGUGGACAGUGGUGUACACGCUCCUGAGCAUGAUCACUCGUUACUGGCGGAUCGGCGCGGCCAACUAUGUGGUAUGGGACGAGGCCCAUUUCGGCAAGUUCGGCACUCACUACAUCAAUCGCGACUUCUACUUUGAUGUCCACCCUCCUCUGGGCAAGAUGCUCGUCGGCCUGGCCGGUGUCCUGUCGGGCUACCACGGACAGUUCGAGUUCAAGUCGGGCGUGACUUACCCAGACGACGUGCCCUACACUGCGAUGCGCGUCAUCCUGGCGUCGUUUGGUGUCGCCCUCGUCCCACUCGCAUGGUUCACCGCUGGCGAGCUCGGCUGGUCGCGCUACGCCCGUCACUGGGUCACCAUUUGCGUCCUUUGCGACGUUGGAUGGCUCUGCAUUUCGCGAUUCAUUCUCCUCGACUCGAUGCUCCUGUUCUUCACUUUUACAACCUUCCUUGGCCUCGUCAAGUUCCACAACCAGCGCCACGACGCAUUUGGCGACGACUGGUGGAUCUGGCUGGUCUUCACGGGAUGGUCGAUCGGCUGUGUCUGCUCGGUCAAGUGGGUCGGCAUGUUUGCCACGGCUGUCGUCGGUCUCUACACCAUUGAAGACCUUUGGAACAAGUUUGGCGACCUUUCCAUGUCAGCACGCAACUACCUGAAGCACUGGCUCGCCCGCAUUCUCUGCCUCAUCGUCAUUCCUUUCAUCGUCUACGCCUCGUGCUUCAAGAUCCAUUUCAUGAUUCUCAACCGCUCGGGCCCCGGCGACGCUCAGAUGAGCUCGCUCUUCCAGUCCCACCUGGUCGGCAACGACUUUGCCGACUCGCCCCUCGAGGUCGCCUUUGGUUCAAAGCUCACGCUGAAAAACUAUGGCUACGGUGGCGGUCUCCUUCACUCGCACGUCCAGACCUACCCGGCCGGUUCGGCCCAGCAGCAGGUCACUUGCUACCACUACAAGGACGACAACAACAACUGGAUUAUCACCCCGACCUGGGGCGACUCUGUCAACCCUGACGAGGUUCGCUACCUCCAGGAUGGCGACACUAUCCGCCUUGUUCACUACAUGACCAACCGCAACCUCCACUCUCACCCCAUCAACGCCCCCGUCACCAAGGAGGCGUACGAGGUCUCUGGCUACGGCAACUCGUCGAUUGGCGACACCCAGGACCACUGGGUGGUCGAGAUUGUCGACGACACUCACCGUACCAAGUCGGACCAGGCCGACGGCCGCAUUCACUCCCUUACCACGCGCAUGCGUUUCAAGCACGCCAACCUUGGCUGCUACCUUCGCGCCGCCAACUCGGUCCUCCCCCAGUGGGGUUUCAAGCAGGUCGAGGUCACUUGCGCGAGGGAGAACAACAAAAAGGACGUUCACACCUACUGGAACGUCGAGUCGCACUGGAACGAGCAGCUGCCCAAGGGUAACGUCAAGCUCUACAAGUCGCCAUUCUGGCGUGACUUUUCGCACCUCAACGUUGCCAUGUGGACGUCGAACAAUGCCCUUGUUCCCGACCCGGACAAGGAGGACAUUCUCGCGUCGCAGCCCUUCGACUGGCCAUUCCUUCACCUCGGUCUCCGCAUGUGUGGCUGGGGUGACAACAUGAUCAAGUUUUAUCUCCUGGGUACCCCCAUUAUCUGGUACUUUUCGACCAUUUGCGUCGGACUCAGCCUCGUCACCGCCGGUUGGUUCCUCCUCCGCAUGCAGCGUCACUACAACGACUGGCUCCCGGGCCAGUGGGACCACUUCCUCUACGUCGGCAAGUAUGCCUUCUUUGGCUGGUUCCUACACUACGCUCCUUUCCUCAUCAUGGGUCGUGUCACCUAUCUCCACCACUAUCUCCCGACGCUGUGGUUUGCCGUGCUGCUGGCAGGACACAUGCUCGACACGUAUAUUUUCUCGUCCCCUCGCUGGUCGGACAAGUCCAAGCUGGUUUGGUUUGUCCUGUGGACCGUGUCUGUUGUCGUCAACUUCUGGUGGUUCAAGGACCUGGCCCUUGGUAUUCACGGCCCGGUCAACGACCACCCAGGUUGGCAGUGGCGCGACACGUGGAACAUCUACAACCGCUAA